AUGGGCGAGGAUCAUACCGAGGAUAAUGACGGUGGUGGUUCCGUCUCCCACCUCCUCAUCCUGCGUCCGACUGAGCUCAAUCAUGCUCUUGGCCGCGGGGUGCGACACCUCGAUCUCUCGCAGAAUGGCGUGUCCGUCAUUGGUCAAUACAAUACCCCCCAUGGGGUCCAGGAGCAUCUUCAGCAUCGCUUUGGGACCGAGACAUGA